GUGUAAAAGAGUACAAGAAAUUACAAUUUUUUUGCAAGAACAUGAAUAUGUUUUUAUUUUUAUCUGCGAGAAAGUAUGUACUGUCUUAAAAAUCAAAAAAACACAUUUCUGAAUUCGACUUUCUACCCAAGAUAAUGCUCUCCCUAAUCUCCACAAAUCUAUAAAUCCACAAACAAAAUCAACUGCAAAUUCCACUCUUAAUCAUCACUACAACAAAAUCAUUAUCUAGGGUUCAAACUUCAAAAAUCUCACCAAUUCACGAGAAUGGCAGCCAUUAGAAUGACCACAAACAUCCUUCUCAACAGCGUUUCAAAAUCAGCGUUUCGGGCAAUUUCAACCAAACGCGCUGCCUUAGCAUUUCUCAGAAGCUCCCCUUACACCGGUUCCCGUAACAUCAGCAACGGCGGUUUCCGGUGUGCUGCGGCGUCGGAGUACGGCGAUGCUCGGAAGAAAGCGUCGGCGCGUUUUUCUCAGGUUCAGCAGCUUCUUGUUGAAGCUGAAGAACGUGCUUCUUGCGCCGAUAACGAGCUGCCUCCUCCCAAAAUCUCUCUUGAGCACGUGACUAUGAAUUUUGCAAGAAGUGGAGGGCCUGGAGGUCAAAAUGUUAACAAAGUAAACACUAAGGUAGACAUGCGCUUCAAUGUGAAAAAUGCAACUUGGCUGAGUGAAAGAAUCAGAGAUAAGAUUAUGCAAUUGGAGAAGAACCGGAUCAACAAAGACGGAGAGAUUGUGAUUUCUUCCACCAAGACUCGGACACAACAGGGUAACAUUGAAGACGCCCUAUCAAAACUACAGGCAAUUAUUGAUGCUGCUGCGUAUGUCCCACCAGCACCUACAGAAGCACAAAAGAAGAAAAUAGCUCAAUUGUCUGCCAAGUCAGAGCAGAAACGAUUGCAGAACAAAAAAGUCUUGUCACAGAAGAAGUCCCUCCGUCGAAGUAAAGGUAGCUGGGACUAAAACAGUGAGUUGAGAUCCCACUUUGUCUUCAUGAAUUAAAGAUGCCUUAGCUAGGUCAUUAAGAUUACUUCCUCCUCUGUCGGUAUCUGGUCGGAAAAAAAGGAGUUGCCUCUUAGGGGAUGAUUGGAGGAGCUCGGUAAACUUUCUCUUCGUUGUGAAUAUAUUAGGUAAGAGGUUGGUAUUUGGUUGUUAUCGGUUUCACGUAACAUCCAACUGUCUAUUUUCUGAAUUAGAUGCUGUGAAGCAUACAGAAAUACAACAGAAUUCGACGAUCUUUUGACUAAAUUACCAGUUCCUUCUCAUCUCAUCUUUGAUAACGGAAUCUGUCGGUUCGUUAAAUAUUGCUUUCGGUGAGUUGGUGAUAUUGACAAUUUGUAUAUUUGGUAGAAUUAAUGAAUUUAUACUUGUACUUUCAUAUAUAGGUGCCGGCUUUCUUAUGCACUCUAAUUUUAUUGCUGUGAUUGUGCACC